UGUUAGUUUCAAGUCGCACGUUUCGAGUAAGGCUAACAUUGUUAAAUUGCUUUUAUAAUUGUUACAAAUAAACUGUUCUCGUUAGAGAAUGUCGGAGUUUGUUCCUCCCGCAAUUAAAAAACUAAUUCCAUUAAUAAAAUGUCGGGUUCGUUACGAGAAAAGGUUGUUGUCCACUCCGGAAGGACCUUACGGAAGAUUGUUGAAACUGAGAGACGUUGUAAAUGCUGUAGUGAAACACGAGAGGAUCGAAUUGAAUCUGCAAAAAGCGGAUGAAGCCAGAGGAUAUAUCGAAAGAUUGGACACUAGACAAGAUCCACAGAACCAGACAGUUUGGUUCAAAAUAGGACAGUUGGCAAUCCUAGCUAUUGCAGAUAGCUGUCGCGAGUGUCCAAUUCCUUUCCAUCGUCGAGAAUACCCAGAUGGGAGAUGCACGUGCGAUUGUUUCGAUCGCCAAAGACCCUGUUUAAGGAUCAAAAGGGGAAGAGAUCCUUUAGCAGAAGUGGAGAGAAGGUGCGUAGAAACUGGUUACUGUCACAUCCCCGACUGCGAGUAUGGAGAGUAUGACAUCACGACCGGGUUGUNACGUGAAGAACAACUUAUUCACAAAUUAUUCAAGGUUCUUGUCCCACGUUACAAUUCUUACAAUGAAUGUUACACUCUUCUGCAUAUGGUACCUAAACAAUUUGAAAAUACAGUAACAGGAAAAGAUAGAAAAAGUUUACAUAUCAGUAAGAGAGCAGUUCUGGAAUUAAAAGGUAAAUUACAGAAUUACAUAGAAACAGAAGAACAACUUAUUCACAAAUUAUUCAAGGUUCUUGUCCCACGUUACAAUUCUUACAAUGAAUGUUACACUCUUCUGCAUAUGGUACCUAAACAAUUUGAAAAUACAGUAACAGGAAAAGAUAGAAAAAGUUUACAUAUCAGUAAGAGAGCAGUUCUGGAAUUAAAAGGUAAUCCAUUUCCUCCCAUGCCUGGUAGAAUUGCACCGAACAACAGAUUCUUAACAAAUAUCUUAUUGAACGAAGCAAAGAAGGAGUUCCUAGCACAAAAAUGUCAAAAACAACAAGAACAAGAAAUGCAUACUGAAUGAUUUGAAGUGAAUAUUUGAAGCGUAGAACAUCAAAACUGUAAAUAAAUCAAAUUUAAUGUUCAAAUAAAAAACUUAUUCCAUAAAACAUUCAUUUAUUUUUCA